AUGUCAGUGGAGGAUGUCGCACAGGCCAACGAUCAGGUGCAGGCAUUGAUGCAGGAUUUCCUCACCUUCCAGAUUUCGGAGGACCAAAUCCACGAAGCGAUUCUCACGAUCAACAAGGGCGUUUUGAAAGCCUUGGGCCUCCGCUGGGAGGCUGUCAUCACAGAGGACUGCAUCAGCAUCCAACAAGUUUCAUUGGAGGCACUGGAGGAGAAGGCGCACCACUCAGCCUUCGACAGCGCGAAGCGCUGGGCCUUUUUCAACAAAGCUGCCCAAGCCGACUGGUGGGCAUGGGGCCGCUUCGCGUGA